AGAGAACUUAGAAGUAUCCAUAAUCGGUGCAUCUGCAUGCGCAUUUGCUGGCUUUAGAUUAGGUAGAUACUUUGGGUGCUUUCCAAAGGCUCGAGAUCAUCAGAAACGAUGAAGCGUUGAAAGGUUGCUUCUUUCUGCGGAUUUAGCAAGGUGCUUUGUCAAAGACAUGCGGCGGAAGCGCACCCGUGGUGGGCCCAGGGAUGGACGACCCUCACUAUGCGCACGCGUAUGUGGCGGAUGAUUUUGCCACUUACGCCCUCCCUGAAUCCCCCUCGUCUUUGCAUUCUUCGUUCAGUCACGAUAGCACCGUGUUCAUGCCCGCCCCCUUGCCCCCAAAACCGUCCCCCCGUCACCGAAACUUGAGCCUCGGCAAGCCUGGGUUUCCUGCUGCCCCCCAGAAGCAAUGGCCUCCCCACGGUUUCAAGGCGCCCACGCUCCAAACGGCGGACCCAAUGGACGAACUCUCGGACUCGAUGUCCCCCGAGACAGACUGGCUCUCGCCCGCGUCGAGGAGCUCGAACAUGGACGAGUACACGAAUGUUCCGACUGGGAGGUGGGGCGGGAGAUCAGCAACGGAAGGGGGGGUGAGGCAAUGGCAGGGCAGCCCAAGGACUUCCCCCCGGGGCGAGAAAAUGUCCCCGCGGACUUACAAGCUGCAGAUGCAGGCGGCCGAGAGGUUUGAGGAUGAGGCUAGGGGGAACCCCCUGGCGAGAGUUAAUGAGGGGUAUGUUUUGGGGUCCGAUCAGGAAGUGCAGGCCAAGUGGCAGCGGUAUCAGCAAGAAGAGCAGAAGAAGAGACGGCAGGCAGCGGAGGCGGGCAGGAUUAGGGGUCAGGAAGAGGAGGCAGACGGCCAGGCACCGCGUGCAGAGUUUCGGCGCUAUGCAAGACCGGCGGAGCGCACGUGGUACAGCCAAGGAAUGGAGACUGAGGAGCAGCGGCAAGCGGAGGACGUUCGGCAGGAGCGGUGGCAGCAGCUCAAGGAGCACGAAGCCGAUAGGCAGCGCCAGCUGGCGGCGCAGAGGGUGGCGGUGACAUCACCGGCGCCAGAGGUGCGACCAGCGGCGAGGAUGGUGAAGCAGGAGUGUUGGGCGAGGACCGAUGGGGACAUGUUGGUCAGGAAGCAGUGUUGGGUGGAAGAGGCGGCGCCUGCGGUGUGUAUUCAGGUUGUUGAGCACCAGAUUCUGCCCCCACAAAGGGUGCCGACGCCACCUCCGCCCCAGUGGCAGCCCCCUGCCCAACCACGGGCUGACAGCUGGCACGAAGACGACCACAACUCUCCAGGGACAAGCGGUCGUGCGCAGCAAUACGGGUCCGAGUCUUACACAAGGUCCAGGGUUUCGCGGCAAGACUGGGUUGAGGGUUGGGGUCACCAGGAGCAGCGGUUUGAGCGCCGUGCAGAACGCCGACGGGGUCCAGAUAGGCCGUACGAUUCAGACCGGCCACACAGCUCCUCAUCAGCCCAGCACGAGAAUACUGAGAGAGGGCAUUACAGCUCCAGCGAGGCGUCGUCAGUGGCCACUUUUCCACGGAGUGAGCGGGAGCGAGCGGAGUGGGAAGCACGGGGCCGGGGGGAAAGAAGUGCGAGGCAGUCCGCUCAGAGAGGCGGCGAGUUUCAGCGGGGUGCGCAGGCCGGGGGUCAGGAAACACGAGUUGGGGAGUGGGCUCAGGCGGCGGCUUUUUCAGAGACAAAAGCUCAGCCCUCUCAAGAGCAAGAGAUUGAAGACGGGGGUCCUGUGCAGGAGGGAGGCAUGACGGUCGCAGCGCGUUGGAGCGAGCGGACGAGCCGCGAGUUGCAGUUUGGGGAACGGCCAGAGAGUCGGGGGCACGAUGCUUCGCUGUGUGACACUCCGCGGGCAGUGACGUUGAUUGAGGAACGGGUUAGCGAAGUCGGGUUAGUGGACGGGGGCGAGAAUAUCUGGGUUGAGGAGCGGACGGUCACCCACAAGGAGACGGUUGCUGACGUCAUUGCCGAUGCCAGCGGCGAGGGCGCUGAUGUCACCAGCCCCACGCUGGUCGCAGAGGCGGUGUCCCGGCUCGCGCUGACGUCGGUGGGCUGGGACGAGGCGAUGCACAACUUUCACGAUCUCAGGGGGGUCCGGGCGGUCGUCAAGAAGCCUGAAGAGCUGCUGUCGCCUGCCGUGGUCAGCGGUGCUGUCACGCUCUCUGGGCUCGCAAGAAAGCGGGCGAUCUCGCUGCCUGCGACUGAGGGAGCGGCGUCACGCGUUCUGGGGACGUCAGGUCUCGGUGUGAGUCAUCAUUCUCGGGGGCACAGUGCGGAUGAGGGGAGCCGAGGAGGGGCGCCAUUCGUGUCGGAGAUAGCUGCUGAGAAGGCGAAUCGGACAGACUUGGACGCUGCCAAGGAGAGUCAGACAGAUUUGGACACUUGGGAGGUGGUCCGGGCCGAGUCAUCCAACGAGGAGCGUCCGGCGUUGAGGCAGAAUGACGAUACGGUGAUAGCGACCGGCGCAAGGCCAGCAAGCGCUCAAAACCGGGACCGCCUGGCCGCGCCAGCGGCAGGUGCUGACGUCAGCAACGAUGGUGACGCCAGGAGAGCGGAUGACCUCAGCAGGAACGGCAGGGACGACAGAGGCUGGGCCCGGUGCUUCCCGCACCCCCCCGAGGCGCGGCGCGUUUCCCCGUCAGUGGCCGCAAUCAUUUCGCCCCCUGCCGUUUCUCGGGGGGCAAGCCCCGUGCCCCUUAACAGGAGUGACUCGUACCCCCCCUCGGAGCGGCCCCCGGGCAAAUCCUCUCCAGUCUGGUCCACAACAAUCACCUCAGUCCCCAUUCUUUCUGCCCCCCCUAUGGUGCAGGCUGCCAGCACAUUCCGGCCUGCAGUUACUCUUCCCCCAAGGUUUCCCCCCCUGCCUUUGCUGACUGAAAUGGCCCCCCACACUCCGGCGAUGGUGCCCCACCCCCCCUCGAACCCCAGCCCCCGUCCGCACCUGAGGAGAGCUUCGCGAUCCGGCGCUCUUUCCGUCGAGGAGCGGCGCCCCCCCGUUUCCCCCGAGUCGGCCUUUCCGCAGUACGACAGCGAACCGGUGCCGAAGCAGUCAUGGCGGGGUGCGGAGUUUCCUGAGACGUUGUCUGAGAGAAAGGGCGACCGGAGUGGAAACGAGGAGAGUUGGGGGGUAUCGAGGAAGGAUGAUUCGACCCCCAGGCGAGACGACGGCAACCCGGGCCAGCUUUCGCGCUUCGCACCACCGUUCAGGGGGGGUCCGCCGGCCCAUCCGGCACCCCCCGGGCGCGUGGAAGGUGCGGCAGGGGGGCAAGGGAGUUCGCAAAUGGUGGUGGAGGUCGAUUGCCCGAUUUGUAGCGAGCCGCUUCAAGUGGGGAGAGCGAUGUUUGCGCCUGAGUGCGGUCACUUCGUCCAUUUUGACUGUUGCCGGUCGAACCUGCUGAAGGGAUCCCUCGACUGCCCCCGCUGCCACCAGCGAAUGCAGCAGAAGCCGUACUUGAAGACGCCGUAUGGGCGCCCGGAUGCUGACCGCCGUCGCGUGACCAUUACUUAAGGGCUGGUAGAGCGACUCUGAACCGGGGCCGACGAAGGCUCGAGCUUUUGGUGGGCGUAGUAGGGCGUUGGUGUUGAUUCUACGUGUUAUGCGCUACAUCAAAGCGUGCGUGAUUGCUUCAUUAACAUUGGUGUGCGAGGUUACCAGUUGAACAGGUAGCCGCUCGGAGUAUCUUACAUGUUGUGCGAAUCUGUGGUCGUUGGUCGGACUCUAUCAGUCGGUCUGAGUACGCAUUUGGCCUCCAAUUUUGAUUAUUUGGGAGGUCCGCUGUUGUGAGUAACGUCGCGUUAGUAAGUUGAUUCCGUGUCAGGAGGCGUUACGAAAUUGUCCAUUGCUUCUUGGAAGCUGACUUUUGAUACCGUACUGGAUUGUACUGCUGAUAUUCAAGUCUCGCCACU